CACUAAUUGCGAGGAAGAAGAAUUUUCAAACCCAUCAUCCAUGGCUUCUAUGAUCUCUUACUUCAAUAUCCUGAAGUCAACCUCUUUGUUUUUCUCUCUACUAUUCCUCCAACUGUCCCUCCUCAUCAAAGGUCAUGGAGACGAGAGCAGCGAUACGGAUCAUGGUGAAAACGUAGAUUUUCACUCGAAGCACUUGAUUCUGGUGAAAAUAUGGUGUUUGAUAAUUCUACUGGUGAGCACUUUUGCCGCUGGAGUCUCCGCCUACUUUUACCGAUGGAUCGAAAGCUUUCUUCUCCUGGGCACGCAAUUUGCAGGCGGGGUUUCUGGCACAUCUCUGAUGCAUUUCUUGAGCGAUUCAGCACAGACCUUUGCCGACCUCACGACAAAAACAUAUCCUUUUGCGUUCAUGCUAGCAUCCUCAGGUUAUCUUCUGACCAUGCUUGGGGAUUGCAUAAUUUCUUAUGUUACAAAUGCUAGCAACAGAGAAGCUAGAGUCCUGGUCGUGGAAGAAGGAAGGACACCGGAGGAACGAGCUAAAGAGUUGCAUAUGAACGAACUCAACCCAGAGUUCUUGAGGACGUCGUCUCUUGGAGACACCAUACUACUCAUCCUCGCCCUGUGCUUUCAUUCUGUAUUUGAGGGUAUUGCGGUGGGAGUUGCAGCCACGGAGGGUGAUGCAUGGAGGAGUCUGUGGACAAUAUCCUUGCACAAAGUCUUCGCAGCUAUUGCAAUGGGAAUAGCACUACUCAGAAUGCUACCAAAGAGGCCAUUUCUGACAACUGCAGCUUAUGCUUUUGCCUUUGCUAUAUCGAGCCCCAUUGGAGUAGGGAUAGGCAUUGCCAUUGAUGCCACGACUCAAGGAUCAACAGCAGAUUGGAUCUAUGCCAUCUCAAUGGGGCUUGCUUGUGGGAUUUUCGUCUAUGUGGCCAUCAACCAUCUUAUCGCCAAAGGCUUCAAACCUCAAUCUCAAUGCUAUUUCGACACCCCCUUCUUCAAAUUUCUUGCUGUGUUUCUUGGAGUGGCUGUUAUUGCCGUCGUGAUGACCUGGGAUUAAUAUUACAACUUCUUUCUAGGUAAUAUUGGUCGGUUCUUUUGUUGGAUCUUUCUUUGGCUCUUUGGCCUAAUUAUUUGCCUGUGUGUCCUGAUCAGUCUUAAGUCUGAAAAAAAAAGAAAAUCAAAUCGUACGUUCUCCUGUAUUUUAACUUUGUUCUAAUGCACUUUAAUAAAGUGU